ACGUGACUUUGCUCAACUAUACCAUCAAGAGUAAAAUUGUUAUUUACUUAUUUCUUAUUUGUUAUUUCUCACAAGUAAUUUUUUAAUUUAUUCCAUUAAAACAAAUUUUAACUCAGUGUUGGUGAAUGAAAUUAGUUCAAUGUGAAUAAUAACAAUAUAAGAUUGAAAAUAAUUGUAGUGUGACAAAAAAUUUGUAAAAUAUAAUUUUAAUGUGAGGUUAUAUUGUGAUAAAUUUCGUUUUGUUUGUUUAUAUUUAAAAAGACGUCUGUUCCAGUGUAUAAAGUUUUUGAACCCUCACCAUGGCUGACUAUUGGAAGUCGCAGACGCGAAAAUUUUGUGAUUAUUGUAAAUGUUGGCUAGCUGAUAAUAAGCCGAGUAUUGAAUUUCACGAGAAUGGAAAAAAGCACAAGGAAAAUGUGGAGAAGAAGCUCAAGGAAAUUCGAAAGAAAAGCAUCAAGGAAUCCAAGCAACAACAAAAGUUUGAUGACGACAUUAAAAAAAUGGAAAACGCUGCCAUGGCUGCUUAUCUCAAAGACGUUGAAAACGACCGAAAGGAUUUGACAGCAGAAAGUAUAAUUCGUCAGAAGAAUUUAAAACUCGAAGAAAGCAGAGAACUACCAAAUCCAAAUCAAAUGCCUUCGGCGUCAGCGGAAACGAAUCCGAGGUUUCAUAAUUUUUCGUAUGACAAGGAUCCUUUGGAUAUAAGAAGAAAACCAAAGAACCCUCCGAUGCCGAAGGGAAACCAAAAGGGUGGAAAUCAGGGCAAACAGAGUAAAAAACAAAAAAAUAAAGUUGCUCCGGAGGGAAGUCAGAGAAUUACAAAAUUGUGGUACGAAGCAAAGAGUCCCGAGGGAUAUCCAUAUUACUGGCACAUUGAAACAAAUGAAACUGUUUGGGAAGCUCCUGAAGAAGGUUACAUGACAAUAGCAGAGCAAGAGGAAGAGGCUAAAGAGCAACAAAUUCAAGAGGAACUUCUAAACCAACUGGACGAAGAGGAGGCGGAGAAAAAAGCUGAAAUUUUAGAAGAGAGGCGAGCAAAUGACGAGAGGGAGAAAUUGAAGGAAAUUCGAAAAAGUAAAGAGGAGGAAGAACGAGAUGAAGAGGAAGAGGAAAUUCCCUACAGAAGAGAUUAUAGUGUUCCUGAGAAACCACAACCCUAUGGUUCUUGGCAAACUGUUAAAGUUGUGGAAACGAAACCAGUUGACCUGCAAUUGCCAAAGAAAAAACAAGCACCAAUUGCUCCGGUUUUGCAAAAUGAUUUGCCUCCACCUUCCCAACGAGUUUUUAAGGAAAAAACCAUCGACAGAAUAGUAACCGGAAGCGAUGAUGAAGAUCAAGUACCCUCCACCUUCAAGAAGCGAAAAUUUGGACAAAAAAAUGUACGAAGAAGAUGCGACGAUUGAACGAAAUUUCCCUUAUCCUAAAUUUUGAAUAGAAAAAAAUUUAUUUCAAAGCUUGAUUCAAAAACAUUGAAAAAGAAAUAAUUAUCCAAACUGAAAAUCAUUUGUGAUUUUCCAUUCUCAAAAUUAUUUUCCUUAUUAUCAGUUCAAUUACCACUUGAAGGUAAGAACGAUCCUCGACUUUGUAAAGUACCCUAAAGCGAUACUUUAGAAAAUAAAAUAUUUUUCACAAAAAAAA